CCCUACCCUGCACAGCCACACUAGCCGACAUCCGUUAUACUCACCCACCUAAACCUCACUCUCAUCUGGGUCUCGGCACCGAUGUAAUGCAAACCAGCCCUGCACCCUACCCGGACUUGGUACUGCAUCCAUACUCCACUGAUUCCAAUGGUGAGAACUUAUUUCAUAACUUCUGAAAGCAAAAAUUCAGAACUUAUUCUCGUAAAUAAAAAAUGACCUUUAAAAUAUCUUUAUUUCUGCGUAUGUCAAAGCUGUGAAAACCUGAUGCAAUUCUUUAAUGGAUCAUGAAAGCCUUUAAGGUGACAUAAACCUUUUUUCAGUGUGAAAAACUGUCACUGAGAUGAUGUGAGGUGAUGUCAUCUUGGAUAGAACAUCCGCACGUACCGGACUUAGUUCGUGCGCAUUUCAAACAGGACAUGCUGAAAGCUGUGAAGCAGAACGGGCAGACAUGGUCAGGACUCGGUGUGACUCAAAGAAAGCCAAACCAGCUUCAACCAAGUGAUGUGCCAUCGCAUUGCCUUCUGGGUUCAUGUUUAAAAAUCGUUGCAUGUUCAUUCCUGCUUCCCGUACAGACCACGGAUUCCCAUAAACAAACACGAUGUCGCAACAACCAAACGGAGGCCACAGUCCAGUGAAUGAAACUCCGACCGACUCUUUUAAAGAAGCUAAAGUUAGCACUACACUGAAUCCGAAUGUCGUUCCAUUCUCACCCAAACCGGGAUCUCGUCAGGAGCCUUUAAGGCCACAAGUCAGUUCAUUGACCAUGGAUAGUCAGCCACGAACUUUCAAUGGUAAACCGCUGACAUGCAUUAACCAAAAAAUGGCUACCUUGUCCCUGACCAACAGAGACCCCAGACUGACUCCGAAUAUCGUUGCCCUGAAUGAUUAUUCUUACGGAGAUGCACGCCAUGCCAUAGAAAGUUCCUUCAGCAGACAUAAAGAAGGUCCACGCCAUGAAGCAUUAGCAGUUCUCCAAGAGGGAACGAGAAACCACUUCAUCCUAGAAAGGCCCUUCAGAGAAGAGCUGAGAAGAUGGCCCAAGAUUAGUAACAAUGAUCCAUUGGCUCUGAAAGUGUUUGCAGACUUCUUGAAAAUCUGCAAUGGAGCAAUUCCACAUGAAGAACGAGCUUCUUUAAACAGCUGUGAAGAAAACCACAAGCUGCUUCAAAAACUUCCCGGACGGAUUAUCCACAAAUGGAGUCAAAUUGUUGUCGACGAACUCGAUACCUGUGGAGAAUAUCCAAAUUUUGCAUGUUUUACUGAGUUUGUCAACAAAGAAGCGCAGUUCGUAUGCAAUGCUAAUACCGCACCAUCCAUAAUGAACAAUGAUCCAUUGGACAGUCGAUCACUUAGGAGAAGAUCUGUGAAAACCAGUACCCAAACAAACCCGGACACACAAAUAGCAUCUGGUAUAAAAGUGAUAUCAGUGUGUUUUGGUUGCAAAAAUGACGGUCAUGACAUCGCUAGAUGUCCCAUUUUUGCAGCAAAGACUCCCGAGUGUAAGAAAGCGUUCAUACAUGGAAACGGUUUAUGUUUUGGAUGUCUGAAGAAGGGCCACUUUAUCAAAGAAUGCAAAAGGAGACACAUCUGUAGCACAUGUCACCGCCAUCAUCCAACCAGCAUGCAUUCCACCAAGAUCCAAAGAACCAGACCAAGUCGUUUGAAGAGCGAAUGUCUUCCCACUGAUGGUCUUAGGAACCGAGAGGUUCAUCACUCAACGAGACGUCCUUCAGCUACAUCGAGUAUCAUUCCUGUUUUUGUCUCAGCAAUGGUUGAACCCGAUAAAGAAGUCCUUACUUAUGCGAUAUUGGACUCACAGAGCAGUUCCACGUUCAUCUUGGAGGACGUCCUCGACAAAUUGAACGUGGGUUGCCAAUCGGUGAAACUAAAACUGAGCACCAUGACAGCCACAGACACCAUCGUAGCAAGCAAGAAUGUUCAAGAUCUAAAAGUCCGAGGACUGAACAUGGACGGUCACAUUGAAAUAAAGCAAGCCUACGCCCGUGGCUUCAUCCCGAUGAACAAGUGUCAGAUUCCCACAAGUCAGACCGCACUGCAAUGGCCACAUCUGGAACACUUAGCAGACAAAUUACCGCCAUUUCAAGACUGUAACGUGGGUCUCUUGAUAGGAUAUGACUGUCCAUCAGCUCUAGCGCCUCUCGAGGUCGUCAUUGGUGCUAAAAAUGAAGCUUUUGCACAGCGGACCCAGCUGGGGUGGAGUAUAAUUGGACCGUCAAACCCACACUUUGACCUGAAAAGAAGCAAAUCGGACUCCUUGGUGAUAAUACAUCAGUCUAAAGACAAUGUGUGAAACACAAAAGUUGACAUACUUUGACUUUUUACUAUGAGAACAUAGUAUGGACGCAGUCAUCCCGAAAAUCAACCACAGGAGAAAUGAUGAGAAAAUGAGAGAACCUCAUGAAAAGUGUCAAAGAAACUAACAAUGGAGUUGUCGUUAUCAAAGAUGACACUAUUUAAACUUCACUAGACAAUACUCGAUUAUUCUGUCAGACUUAUUUGCAUGUCAGUCCAAAGUAAAAUUGCAAUCCAAUUUUAAAAACGGAACACUUUUUUGCAUGAAUGCCAGAUUUGACCCGGAAGUCAAACUAAAUAAAUGUAGAUGAAAGUUUAUCAGAAGACAAAGUUCAUGAAACCGAAGCUAACAACCAUUGAAUGUCAACACCAGACUCAGUAUGGUCGUUAUUUGGGCUUCGGUCUACUUUAAACAUUCUCUAUUUUUACUAUUAAAUGAUUUGUCAAAAUGAAAUUUCAAUUUAGUGGUAGGGAAUUCUACAAUAAAUAAAAUACUGAUGUAGCAUUCCAAAAAAAAUGGGACCACUUUCAUUACAGAUGCUAAAACUAGGGAUGACCACAUCAGGGUUUUGAUAUUCCCAUUCUGAUACCGAUCAUCCAUAAGUGAGACCAUCUGAUUCUGAUAUCCAUGUGUACAUUUUUUUAUGAUGACUGCUAUUGGACAGGGCCGCCGUUAAACAAUAAGUCAUUAUUAAAAAAUAAACUUUGUUUUUGACAUUAUCUGCAUCCCAACAUUUCUGUGUUUAUGCGUCCCUGAAUGUUUUUUUUUUUUGUUCGGCGUUGAGAUGAGGCACUUUGUUAUACGAUUCUUGAACGCACCGUAGUUAUGUACUGAAUUGCAAAAUAUUGUUUGCCUAUGGGAGCACUUGUUUUAACGGUCACUGAUCAUCUUGUGUUAUCAUUCUAGCGUAAGUGUGAACAAUGACAACUGAAAUUUGGGGCGAGGGAUUCUAAUCUGUCACUUUUAUUGGAAAUGUUAGCCAUACCAAUUAAAUAGUGAAUCAAAAUUUGGUAGUACAGUAAACCUCGGAUAUAUCGGAAAUUCGCUCACAACGGACAGAUAAAAAAGAACCAGUUUUUCUGUAAUGCAUUUCCAAUAAAAAUUCAUAUUCAAAUUCAUAUAUCGGAUUUUUUAUAACGGAUUUCGCCUAUUUCGGACAAAAUCUCCAGUCCCGUUCCAAUGCAUUUCCAUUAAAUUUCCCUCGCAUAUAUCGGAUGGCCGCAUCGUGGCGCUCCGAUUCCUGCGCGUCCAGGUACAUUGGAAACAUAGUCAAGGAAGUGCCUUUUUAUAACGGAUAAAAUCCCAUUUACGCAUAUACCGGAUAUAAAUCCGAUAUAUGCGUAAAACGGACAUUUUCCGCUAUACACAUAUAACGGAUUUCGCUUAUAUGGGACAAAACCAGUGGGAACAAUUGAAUCCGAUAUAUCCGAGGUUUACUGUACUUGGAAAAAAGGCUGGAAUCUGUAAGAUAACAUUGAAGUCAAAAUAAAAGACUUCUUGUUGAAGUUGAAUUUGGUUCCAUAUUUUUGUGUUUCGUGUUUAAUUUUGUUUUUACACAAAAUUACCCCCAAAGCGGUGACAGCACUUUGGACAGGACUGCAAUACAGAAAUUGAGCUAAGUAGUAUCCUAUUAUAAAGUGCAAACUGUAUCAAGUUCCUUAAAUGUCAAAGUCAUACAUCAAGGGGCACAGUACCCUUCAGAUUCGGGCUUGAGUCCGGUUUUCCGGCGAACCUGAGCUGUCUUAUGCAAACUACUCCAGCGUUCAAAGGCUUCCCAAGUGCCCUUCCCUGCUUUGUCAGGCUGGAAUAAGGACGUAUGAAGUAUUGGUCGGGAAGGCGUGGCACUGUAGACCUUUCCAAAGCGCACCUACGUGUAUGAAGUUCUGCCGUCGUUGGUGAUUCCUUGAAAAGCAUCAGCGUGUCAUUACGCAUGCAUUUGUUUGCAUAAGAUUACGUGUCGGCCGCGGUGUCCCUAACGCUCCGAUGUGCGCGUGCUUUAACUCCGGGACUUUGUCCUCUGGAACGCACGCCAACCAGUCAGCUGAGAGACGGCAAAACACGAUGUGUUAGAACUGGGACAAAGACUCGGGUGUAAACA